AUGCUCCUUCUCAGCAUCCAUGCCUCCUUUGCCGUAGCCUCCGCCGGCGUAUGCGCCCAGCGCGAGUGCCCCGCCCCCAGGGCCAUACGGCGGCCCAUCCAGUGCAAGCGGGGUGCCACAUUCCCAGCAAAACUACCAAGAUGUCAAUCUCGGUGCCUCGGGCCACAGCUCUUCCGCCGAGCCCAGCGCACCGAACCUCGAAAGUAUGGGCGCGCCGCCGCGAUCCCUUUUCAACGAUCUCACGACUGUCUCACGACACCUCGUGAUGAUCACGACGUUUGCGCAGUCAUUGCUCCGCCCUCGGAAGCUCCCGUGCCGAUUGCACAAAUUAUUCCCAACGCAUUUCGCCCGGAGCCGACCCCUACGCCAACGGAGGAAGAAUUGAAGGACGCUCUCAAGUCUCGAAUGGACGAGGCCUGCUGUGCAGGCACCAAGGCGGCACAGGAAAUGAAUUUGCGCAGCCACACCUCCAACGUGUGCUACGUGUACGAAUUCAAGUCCUUCACAGAGAAGCGCAGCACCCGCGAUCGCACCGUUCCCUAUGCCGGCCAGGAUGUAGACGGGCCCGAGCGCGGCCUGGCCCCUCAUCCGUGGGCCAUUGGCGUCAUGACACCUCACCCUUUUGUCGUCUCGGAGGAUCGCAAGCCCGUGCCCCACACCUCGCGUGUGCACGCAUGCAACAACUGCGCCGGUUUGGGAAACAUCAUGUGCACUUUUUGCCAGGGACGUGGCCGCAGCCAGUGCACCUUCUGCAACGGGAUUGGCCGGCGCAGUGAUGGCCAGCCCUGCUCUUCUUGCCACAGUUCCGGCGUACGCGUUUGCCACACUUGCAACGGCAGCGGUCGACGCAUGUGCUCUCGCUGCCGCGGCUCUGGCCGUCUCAUGACCUACCUCGAGCUGAUUGUGACUUGGUCGGUUCAUGAUUCCCAAAAGGUGUUUGAUGAGGAUGCCUUUUGUCUGCCAUUGGAUAAAGUCAUCCAAGGCCAAGGCCGCUGCGUGUAUCAAGAACAAGACGCGCAAGUGAGUCUCAAGAGUGGGACCGUUCAGCGCGUGCACGUCGUCCGCCACCUCCGCUCACGAGGAUGCUUGAACGUGCAGGUCAUGGCACUCGUGGGUAGUCCUUUGCCCAAGAUUGAUGCCGUUGCAUCGAGUCUCGUGCAGCAGCACCGCACCAUCAUUCCCUCCACGGAGCGAGUUUUGCUGCAACGCCAGACCGUGCACGCCAUCCCCAUUACUCACGUGACUGCCCACUGGAACGGCAAGGACUUUCAGUACUGGAUGUACGGUUUGGACGGCAAGGUUCAUGCCCCUGACUACCCACAAUCCUGCUGCUGUGGCUGCACGAUUCUCUAA